GAACCGAACGGGGUGUAAAACUUCUAAUGUUUUUAUUUCGUGAAAAAAAUAUAAUAAAUCAAAUUUGACUUACUAAAUGGAUGAAAAUCAAGAAGGAACUUCGCGACAAAAUCAAAACAAUGAAAACUCAGUGAAUUCUCAUCAAAGUCCAUCUGAACAUGAAAAUCCUUCAAGACAACUUGUUGAAUUGAGUCAAUCGUCAACAUCAAAUGUACAAUCACGUUCACUCGUUUCACGUAUUCGUCGACUAAUUUCACAAUCAACUUUUCAAGAAGAUGAACUCGAUAAUGCAGAUUUAAACUCUCAACAAUCUUUCCUUGACCUCAGUACAUCAGACACAUCAGAAUCACCUGAAAAUGAAGAUCCUGACCUUUUAUUUGAAGAGUAUGUUCAUGCUGGAACAGAAGCUGUGAGAUCCCAAGCCCGCAAUUUUGAUGACGAGUUACCAAUGAAUCACAGCUACUUGGGCACAACAGAAGAAUGUCGUGGAACAAAUUACUAUGAACCAGGAAGAGUGUAUGAAAUUCCAAUUCAUUUCCAUCAUUCUUUAGUAUUUCCUGGUGAAAUCUUCCCUAUGAUUGUGAUUCCUGAUAACAUCUUCGCCAGAAUACCCGAGUCAAAUGAAGGUCUCACUUUUGGCUUGCUUUUCACAAAUGAAAUUGAAAACGACAUAGCUUAUGGCGUAACAUGUCAAGUAUUUGAAAAAGGUGUUGAUAGUCAUGGACAUAUCACGAUAAAAUCAAAAGCACAACAAAGAUUUAUUGUUGUCCGAACAGAAGAAGGAUUAUUCACCGUAAGAAACCAAACCUACUAUUCAAAAGUUCGAAUUCUUCCUGAAUACACUUUGCCUGAACCCAUUGCAAUGAACAUUACAAACAAUAUGAUGAAAUUUAAUCACAAUACAAGUCAAACUCAACAAAUUAAAAAUCAACUUUCACAUGCAAGUCAAUGGCCAAAGUUCGUUUACGAUCAAUACUCGACUGUCACCGUUAAUGAGAAAGUUGAACGUUAUUUAGCAAUGUUAAGUAUUUCAGCUCCCGAUGAUCCAUUAACAAAGUCCUUCUGGCUUGCAAGAAAUGUUCCUUUGAACCAAUUAGAUCGGUUGAGAAUUUUCACAACUAAUUGCGUCAACAAACGGAUGUUGUUAAUAGGAGAGUCAUUGAACUUUAGAUGCAUCUUUAACUGCAAACGUUGUGCUAACAAAAUAGCCAAUUAUAUCGACAUCUUCGCUAUGGCUAAAGGGAAUGUGAAUGCUAAUUAUUGUAAUCCCGCUGGUUAUAUUCAUGAGACUCUAACUGUUCACAAGACACUGGCGGAAUCAACGAAUACAAAUGAAGCAAGACCUUGUGAAGACUUCUCCUGGUUUCCCGGCUACGCUUGGCAAAUAGCAAACUGUAAACGAUGCAAUUCGCAUGUUGGAUGGAAAUUUAUCGCUGUCACAAAAAAUUUAAAACCAAAAACAUUUUAUGGUCUCAGUUGCAAGAGUUUGGUUGUAUCGCGUGAUGCUGAAGAGAAUUUCACGAUAGAAGACGAUGAUGAUUCUUCUGACGAAAAUAUAAAAAUGUCGCGAGAGUUUAUUCUACUUUGUCAUUUGUUGUGUCAUCUGAUUUUCAUGGGAAGCUCAUUCGAACUUGAGCUUAACGAUCCAUGCACAUCUUCAUUAACAAAUUCAGCUGGCAUCUGUGUUGAUCCAAGAAAUUGUGAACAAUUUAAAGCACAUAGAAGAGAAAUGAACAUUUGUUCAUUCGUUCACCGAAUUCCAAUUAUUUGCUGUCCUAGAAAUGGAAUAAUUAACCAACAGACGAAUUCGAUCAUUGUGCCAACUACAAGGCCACCAAUAAUUUUGACAACAAGACCAACUGUUCAAUGGGGAUAUCAACCUACAUCAAAUGUUUUGACAACAAGACCAUAUGUUCAAUGGGGAUAUCAACCUACAGUAAAACCGCCAUUCUCAUAUCAGUUAACGUCAACAGAAGACCCGCUUCACAAUCGCAUUGAAUCGAGAAUAUGUGAAAAGAAGUGCAUUGAAUAUGCAGAGGGAAACAAGAAAACAGUGCAAUUUGCCGCUUUAGCUAUCGGAUCAUCAGCGCAAGACGUCGACCUCUCCACAUGUGAUCUGACAACGGGAUUGAUUGUUGGCGGUGUUAGUGUGAAUGUUGGAGAAUUUCCCCACAUGGCUGCAAUCGGAUAUCCCGAUUUUAAUGGAGAUUUGUCAUUCAAAUGUGGUGGAAGCUUGAUAAGUGAACAAUAUGUUUUGACAGUUGCACAUUGUGCUUUUGCCGAUCGUACGAGACCAACAAAGGUCAGAUUAGGUGACCUUAACUUAAACCACAGAGAUUCGUAUCUACCCGGAAUUGACGUAGCUAUCGAAAAGUUUAUUCCACAUGAAGAAUAUAACACUUUAACGCGAGCACACGACAUUGCAGUGAUUAAAAUGGCGCAGUCAGUGUCAUUUACAAAAAAUGUCAAACCUGCUUGUCUAUAUACGACGAAAGAAACUAAAGAAUCGUCAGCAAUUGCUUCUGGUUGGGGAUACACUGAAUAUAGUGGAACACCUUCAAGUCGACUCAUGAAAGUCCGCCUCAAUAUAUUGAGCAACAAUCUUUGUGCGCAAACAUACGCAGAAGAAGAUAUUCCCAUCACUGACAAUCAAAUUUGUGCAGGAAUCUUAUCAGGAGGUCGUGACACAUGUCAAGGAGAUUCGGGUGGUCCGAUUCAAGUUGUGUUGGGUGAUAAUAAAUGCCUUUCCCAUAUCGUGGGAUUAACAAGUUUCGGCAUUGCUUGUGGAGCAAGAAAUGCACCAUCGGUCUAUACUCGAGUGUCAUCAUAUCUUGAUUGGAUUGAAAAAAUUGUUUGGAAUCAAAGAACACAGAAUGAUCAAGUACAAAGCCAACCAAGACAAAACAAUGCUUGGCAGCAAUGGCGACCACAAAAUUACGGCUAUCCAAAUUUUCAAUUUCCCUGGCAACAACAGCAGCAGCAACAGCAAUAUCAAAAUCCCUAUCAAAACAAUCGUCCAUGGCAAAACUCUUAUAAUCAACCAAGUUAUCAGGAUACAACUGAAGCUCCAUAUUACACGACUCAACAACCUACAGCGCGACCACCAAUUUCUAAUUCAAAUCCAUGGUUUUCGUCACCAACAAACCCUGCAAGACCAACUCAAAAACCAGCAGCACCAAUACAACAAACUACUAGAGCCACCACAACGUCUUCAUGGGUAGCGCCAGGUCAGAAUAACAACCCAGCGAAACCUUAUCAAAAACCAGCAGCACCAAUACAACAAAAUCAAAAUCAAGGCAGAAUCAGUUUCAAAAAAUGUAGAGAGUACUCAGACUUACUGAAGAAAAAGUGGCAAGUGGCUUCAUUGUCAUUACACUCAACAGUUCAAAAUGUUGUUGGAACAGAUUGCGAUGCCGUCACCGGACUUAUUGUUGGUGGUGUGAAAGCGAAACCUGGCGAAUUUCCGCACAUGGCUGCAAUUGGAUAUCCUAAUUUGAAUGGCGAUUUGUCAUUUAAAUGUGGUGGAAGUUUGAUUAGUGAAUAUUUUGUGUUAACUGCAGCACAUUGCAGUGUUGCUGACAGAACAAGUCCAUCAGUAGUUCGAUUGGGUGAUCUGAAUUUGAGUAUUAGAGAUCAAGGUUUACCAGAAGUUGACAUCCCAAUUGACAGUUUCAUCAGUCACGAAUCUUAUAAUAAAAAGACGAGAGAGAAUGACAUUGCAUUGAUAAAGAUGAAACAAGCUGCAACUUUCUCUGAUGACAUUCGACCAGCAUGUCUGCAACAAACUCAAACGAUUGAAAAGGAAAAGGCAAUUGCUACUGGCUGGGGAUACACGGAAGUUGCUGGAAGUACGUCUGAUAUUUUGCAGAAAGUUCAACUUGAUAUUAUUGAUAAUCAAAAAUGCAAAAGUGUUUACGAUGAUGAAGAUAAUUAUAAAAUUUACGAUUCACAAAUGUGUGCUGGUGUUUUAGCAGGAGGAAAAGACACAUGCGGGGGAGAUUCCGGUGGGCCAUUACAAAUCACAGUUGGAAAUAAAUGCGUCUUCGGUAUAGUUGGAGUAACGUCGUACGGUUCGACAUUCUGUGGCAGCAGAAAUGCUCCCGGAAUUUACACUCGCGUUUCAUCUUAUAUUGAUUGGAUUGAAGAUAAAGUUUGGGGAAAUAAUUAAUUUAAGUAAAUAUUUCUCCCAUCUUUGAGUAAAGAAAUGUUUCAAAUAAAAUGAAAGUAAAUUACAACAUUUGUUGAGAUUUCUGUUUAGUGUGCUUUCAUUGAACUUUAUUUAGUUAGUUGUUGCG